AUGCAAACGGCGAAAGGAUAUGAUAGGAUUGGCGUAGUUAAGCAAGUAGCAAAGGAACCACGGUCGUACAUAGUCGAAUCAAAUGGAAAAGAGUAUAGAAGAAAUCGAAGACAUUUGCUUGCUGUACCAGAACUAUAUUAUCAUAUCAAAGAAGAACCUGACGAACCAGAUGGAAGCACACCAUUUGAGAGUUCUCCACAACCAGUAUCAAGCCACCCUACAGUUAAUACGGUUCCCGACGAAAAUUACGAAGUUCCACAACAAGCAGCAUCAAUCCCAACACCCAUAUUACCACCAGGUCAAGUUGUAACAAGAUCCGGAAGAGUUUCCAAACCAAAUAGAAGAUACCAAGAUUAUGUAGU